AUGACAGGAAGAGGGCAGAAGAUAGUAGACCUGAUGAACAGGCGCAGGAUUAACAUCAAUUGUGUUCAAGAGACGAAAUGGAAAGGCUGCAAGGCGAGGGAAAUUGGAAAUGGUUUCAAAUUCUUCUACAAUGGGAGAGAUGGAAAAUGUAAUGGAGUUGGUAUUAUUCUGAAUGAUGACAUCAAGAAAGGCGUCUUGAGUGUGAAGAGGCAAUCAGAUAGGAUUAUCUGGAUGAGAGUGGAUCUUGAAGGGGAAAUUGUAAACAUCAUGAGUGCUUAUGCACCCCAAAUGGACUAUGAUGAAUACCUAGAGUAUUAUCUGAGGGAAAUUCCAAAGAGUGAAAGGCUAUGGAUUGGAGACUUCAAUGGCCACUGCGGAAGCAACAACAGAGGAAAGGAUACCAUCGGAAUAUAUGGAGUUGGAGUUAGCAACGUGGCAGGUGAUCAGUUGGUUGACUUUGCUAUGAGUUACAGCCCUCGAACAGUUAACACUUUCUUCAAGAAAGCAGAGCGGACAGGAUAA